CUUAUAUUUCAUUGUUUUAAUUUUACAUCUACAGAAUGUCAAUUACCCUGAACAAAAAGUUGUGACUGUUGGUCAGUUUCGUAUUGGCUUAUGUCAUGGACAUCAAGUGGUUCCAUGGGGCGAUAUAGAGAGUUUAGCGAUGGUACAGCGACAGCUAGAUGUGGAUAUUCUUAUAUCUGGACACACACACAAGUUUGAAGCUUUUGAACAUGAAAAUAAAUUCUAUAUUAAUCCUGGUUCUGCAACAGGAGCUUAUAGUCCACUUGACACAAAUGUGACACCAUCAUUUGUUCUCAUGGACAUUCAAGCUUCCACAGUAGUGACGUAUGUUUAUCAGUUAAUUGGGGAAGAAGUCAAAGUAGAACGAAUAGAAUACAAAUUAUAAUCAACCUUUUUUUUAUAUAAUUUGUAAUGGGCGAUACCAGAGGUACAUUACUUGGGGUUUGCAACGCGCAUAGUACUGUAUGGUGACAUCAUGUCAAAAUAGCGAGACUGGUGCUACGACCUUCUGACAUGACAUAGGCGGUUUGUAAUAAAACAAUAAAACAUGUAUUACCACAUUCAUAGUAAAAAAAUGUAAUACAUCGAAAAUGUACAGAAAAUAUAGUUAUCGUAAUCCGUCAUAUCGUGGGCAGCUAUCUUGAUCCACCUGGACAUCCCAGUAUCCUAGUUACCUCGGGCAUGCGCAUUCGAAUUUUUCUGAGUUGGAACACUUAUGUGAGAGCGAGAUUGAAACGGGAUCUUGGUAUCAUGUCACUGUAGUUGCAAACCCCAAGUAAUGUACCUCUGGCGAUACCAAUUUGCUCUAUAGAAGUGAAUCCCCAAUGGGUUAUAAAGCAAACAUAUUUGUUGCUUAGGGUGGAGUACACCAACUAUACAUAACACCAAUUUCAUAUACACAUACACUUCUGAGAUAAUACUGUACUUUUAGGAGUGAUUGUAAUAGCAUAGUGAUAUUAAACUACAUAAUGUUUCACCUUAUAUCUGUAUUUAGAUUCAGAGGUUUAUCACACUUGUGUCUAGUACCAGUGGUGUGGUUUAUAUUUCUUUAAGCGUCAACAGAUUGUUUCAAAAUCAUGGUUGCAUUCACCUUAUUUACAGACUGUGUUGUACAAUGUAAUUUGAACUAUUUGAGACCCAGUGUGUGUAAUUCCUGAUCUAAUGUAGAUGAUAAAACAUUCAACAAAAGAAUGAGACUUCACUAUUGACCAGUUUAUGACUAAGUUUGAAGCAGAACAUACUGCCUGCUACUUGAUACAAUUAUGUGGACAAUCAGUUUAAAUAAAUGUGUUUCUUCUCCUCCA